GAUAUUAUCAUGAAUUUAUUAAGUAGCUUGCAUACAGUGGAUGUAGAAAAUGCUCCUCAAAAUGGGAAAUUGCCUCCUUUGCCCCGUGCUUCUGAAAAUAAUGGUGCUAUGGAGAUACUUGUUUCUGAAAGGGAACGAAUGCUGCUUUUGAAGAUCUCUGAACUCCAAGCAAGGAUGAAUAGCUUGACCGAUGAAUUAACGGCUGAAAAACUGAAGCACAUGCAA